CUCCCAAAAACUCCUACACAGCGACAGCCAAACCAGACCGAAGCAUAAAGGCAAAAGCUAGGAAUUCUCUCUCAUUUCCUCUUCAGGCUUCCCAGUAAUGACCCAUCGGAAAGCCGACUAGUCUUCUAGUUUUCCAUCAAGCUUAAUUUAGUUGCACCUCCAGACUCCACGAAAUAUAUUAUAUAGCUGCACCGCAUCCCAUAUAUGUAUAUAUAUAUAUGUUAGUGUGAUACAGUGGGUGGUGUUUAGUGGGUACGUUUUAUUUCCCAUAUUAAUUGCAAAUCUGGAAUGCUUGCCGUGUCACCUUUGAGAAGCUCCAACGAUGAGAGACAAGGAGAGAUGGAGAGUUUUCCGGUCGGGAUCGAUGACUUCUCGGACGCCUUUUCUGGUGUGGAUUUGCUUGAAGGUAUAGAUUUCGAUGAUCUUUUCGUCGGCAUCGAGGAUGGAGACUUGUUGCCUGAUUUGGAGAUGGACCCAGAAUUGCUGGCCGAGUUUUCGGUCAGUGGCAGUGGGGGUGAGGAAUCAUCGGAGAUGAAUGCAUCAGUAUCAGUUGGGAAAGUCGAGGAACAGAAUAGUAGAAGUGAAGAAGCAAGAGACAAGAGUUCGGCUUCGGGUUUGGUCUCGAGUUCAAGUCGAACAGAACAAAAUCAAGAAAUUGUAAGAAAGAGAGAGGAACCGGUUGCUGUGAAUCCAUCGCCAAGAGAAGCUGAUAAAGGCCAUAAACCACCGACGCAAGCUAAAGGCUCCCAAGGGAAGCGCAAAGUGAAGGUAGAUUGGACUCCAGAGCUGCACAGGCGAUUCGUUCAAGCAGUGGAGCAGCUAGGAGUGGAUAAGGCAGUCCCUUCCAGGAUUUUAGAGCUUAUGGGAAUCGAUUGUCUCACUCGCCACAACAUUGCUAGUCACCUUCAAAAAUAUCGGUCACAUCGGAAACACUUGCUAGCACGGGAGGCGGAGGCGGCAAGCUGGAACCAAAGACGGCAAAUAUAUGGUGGUGCCGGAGGUGGAGCAAAGAGAGAGCUGAACUCUUGGCUUGCACCCACCAUUGGCUUUCCUCCUCCUACUCCCAUACAGCCUUUCCGGCCUUUGCAUGUCUGGGGACAUCCAACCGUUGAUCAGUCCUUAAUGCACAUGUGGCCCAAACAUCUCGUUCAUUCAGCCUCUCCGCCACCGCCUCCUUGGAUGCAACCACCUCUUCCUCCACCGCCGGAUCCUUAUUGGCACCCCAACCACCAAAGGGUUCCAACUGCUCUUGCACCAGGGACUCCUUGCUUCCCACAUCCACUACCUACAACGAGGUUCCCAACUCCACCUGUCCGAAGCAUCCCUCCCCAGGGAGGCAUUGGCUUCGUCCCCAGUGGCCAAUCAGAGUCCUAUCCUCCAUUUGAUCACUUUCAUCCGUCAAAGGAGAGCAUAGAUGCAGCUAUUGGAGAUGUUCUAUCAAAACCAUGGCAGCCGCUUCCUCUUGGGCUAAAGCCUCCAUCUCUUGAGAGUGUGUUGGUGGAACUACAACGUCAAGGAGUUCCCAAAGUACCACCCAAUUGUGCUUGAUGAUCUCAUGGUAUUUUUGGCCCAAACCCAAAUUCGACGACAUGUCUUAUUUGUAGAUGUAGCUUCCUGAUGAAAUUAGAGCCUUUUUCUUUUUCAUUCUCUAUUCUUCACUAAAUCAUGGAGCACUGUUAAAUUUCCUUGUUCAUGUCAAUAUUGUGCAAGAACUGAUUUUCCAUUAACAUGAUUGUGGAUGCAUGAACUGAAUAAGCCAAUAUUUUUGUAAUGGUUAUAUAUGAUUUUAUAAUAACGGUGAACUGAUCUUUUGCCCUACAGAUCACAAGGUGUAAUCCAUGGAAUAUAUGCAUGUUAAUUUACUCUC